AAAGACACAUAGUCGUAAAGACAAAGACAACAAUAACAUUAAUUUUGCUCUUAUAAUUUAUUGCUAUAUUAUUGUAUUGAAAUGCGACAAAGUAAAGUGUUUAGAAAUUUAACUGGUGCAUAAAGAUUUUCUAUUGAUAAUGUCAUGAAAAAUCUGGCCAUACAACCAUGUUUAGCAAACUGUCUGCUUCUGCAAACGGAUCGCGUACAUUUGAGCAUUGUUUUGAAUUUGGAAAAUUUGAAUUAGAUAGAAUUCGGUUCAAGGUUGAACCAUGUCCUUUACUGGUUAAUUGCUCUGAGUAUAAACCUGAUUUGAUUGAUUUGGGUAGCAAAGAAAUCGGAAGAGCAUAUUGGAUACAUGUCUUUGAAGAAGGGAUAGAUUCUUUUGGAAAAUUUGAAUUAGAUAGAAUUCGGUUCAAGGUUGAACCAUGUCCUUUACUGGUUAAUUGCUCUGAGUAUAAACAUGAUUUGAUUGAUUUGGGUAGCAAAGAAAUCGGAAGAGCAUAUUGGAUACAUGUCUUUGAAGAAGGGAUAGAUUCUUUUGGAAAAUUUGAAUUAGAUAGAAUUCGGUUCAAGGUUGAACCAUGUCCUUUACUGGUUAAUUGCUCUGAGUAUAAACAUGAUUUGAUUGAUUUGGGUAGCAAAGAAAUCGGAAGAGCAUAUUGGAUACAUGUCUUUGAAGAAGGGAUAGAUUCUUUUGGAAAAUUUGAAUUAGAUAGAAUUCGGUUCAAGGUUGAACCAUGUCCUUUACUGGUUAAUUGCUCUGAGUAUAAACAUGAUUUGAUUGAUUUGGGUAGCAAAGAAAUCGGAAGAGCAUAUUGGAUACAUGUCUUUGAAGAAGGGAUAGAUUCUUUUGGAAAAUUUGAAUUAGAUAGAAUUCGGUUCAAGGUUGAACCAUGUCCUUUACUGGUUAAUUGCUCUGAGUAUAAACAUGAUUUGAUUGAUUUGGGUAGCAAAGAAAUCGGAAGAGCAUAUUGGAUACAUGUCUUUGAAGAAGGGGUAGAUUCUUUUGGAAAAUUUGAAUUAGAUAGAAUUCGGUUCAAGGUUGAACCAUGUCCUUUACUGGUUAAUUGCUCUGAGUAUAAACAUGAUUUGAUUGAUUUGGGUAGCAAAGAAAUCGGAAGAGCAUAUUGGAUACAUGUCUUUGAAGAAGGGAUAGAUUCUUUUGGAAAAUUUGAAUUAGAUAGAAUUCGGUUCAAGGUUGAACCAUGUCCUUUACUGGUUAAUUGCUCUGAGUAUAAACAUGAUUUGAUUGAUUUGGGUAGCAAAGAAAUCGGAAGAGCAUAUUGGAUACAUGUCUUUGAAGAAGGGAUAGAUUCUUUUGGAAAAUUUGAAUUAGAUAGAAUUCGGUUCAAGGUUGAACCAUGUCCUUUACUGGUUAAUUGCUCUGAGUAUAAACAUGAUUUGAUUGAUUUGGGUAGCAAAGAAAUCGGAAGAGCAUAUUGGAUACAUGUCUUUGAAGAAGGGAUAGAUUCUUUUGGAAAAUUUGAAUUAGAUAGAAUUCGGUUCAAGGUUGAACCAUGUCCUUUACUGGUUAAUUGCUCUGAGUAUAAACAUGAUUUGAUUGAUUUGGGUAGCAAAGAAAUCGGAAGAGCAUAUUGGAUACAUGUCUUUGAAGAAGGGAUAGAUUCUUUUGGAAAAUUUGAAUUAGAUAGAAUUCGGUUCAAGGUUGAACCAUGUCCUUUACUGGUUAAUUGCUCUGAGUAUAAACAUGAUUUGAUUGAUUUGGGUAGCAAAGAAAUCGGAAGAGCAUAUUGGAUACAUGUCUUUGAAGAAGGGAUAGAUUCUUUUGGAAAAUUUGAAUUAGAUAGAAUUCGGUUCAAGGUUGAACCAUGUCCUUUACUGGUUAAUUGCUCUGAGUAUAAACAUGAUUUGAUUGAUUUGGGUAGCAAAGAAAUCGGAAGAGCAUAUUGGAUACAUGUCUUUGAAGAAGGGAUAGAUUCUUUUGGAAAAUUUGAAUUAGAUAGAAUUCGGUUCAAGGUUGAACCAUGUCCUUUACUGGUUAAUUGCUCUGAGUAUAAACAUGAUUUGAUUGAUUUGGGUAGCAAAGAAAUCGGAAGAGCAUAUUGGAUACAUGUCUUUGAAGAAGGGAUAGAUUCUUUUGGAAAAUUUGAAUUAGAUAGAAUUCGGUUCAAGGUUGAACCAUGUCCUUUACUGGUUAAUUGCUCUGAGUAUAAACAUGAUUUGAUUGAUUUGGGUAGCAAAGAAAUCGGAAGAGCAUAUUGGAUACAUGUCUUUGAAGAAGGGAUAGAUUCUUUUGGAAAAUUUGAAUUAGAUAGAAUUCGGUUCAAGGUUGAACCAUGUCCUUUACUGGUUAAUUGCUCUGAGUAUAAACAUGAUUUGAUUGAUUUGGGUAGCAAAGAAAUCGGAAGAGCAUAUUGGAUACAUGUCUUUGAAGAAGGGAUAGAUUCUUUUGGAAAAUUUGAAUUAGAUAGAAUUCGGUUCAAGGUUGAACCAUGUCCUUUACUGGUUAAUUGCUCUGAGUAUAAACAUGAUUUGAUUGAUUUGGGUAGCAAAGAAAUCGGAAGAGCAUAUUGGAUACAUGUCUUUGAAGAAGGGAUAGAUUCUUUUGGAAAAUUUGAAUUAGAUAGAAUUCGGUUCAAGGUUGAACCAUGUCCUUUACUGGUUAAUUGCUCUGAGUAUAAACAUGAUUUGAUUGAUUUGGGUAGCAAAGAAAUCGGAAGAGCAUAUUGGAUACAUGUCUUUGAAGAAGGGAUAGAUUCUGUAUGUAUGCUUUAACACAAAAAAGUAUAAGUAAUAUUACUUUUCAUGAAUUCAAAAAACUUAGCAAGAGUAAAUAUUACUUAUUAUUAUUAAAUAAACAUUAUUAAGGUUCGUUAAUUCACUGAUUUUAUAGAAUUAAUUGUUUUACUCUAAGUGCUUUUGUUUUUGUAUUCUCUCACUAAAAAAUAAUACAAACACUUAUAGAUUGUUUUUUUAAUAAAGUUUGUU